AUGGCGAGAUAUCAGAUCUGUAUCAACGACGACCGCAACGUGUACGUCUGGCAGGAGACGUGGAAGGAAGACACGGUUGCAGACUUUCUGACUCGUCUGUCUAACUCGACGAACCCUCAGCUCGAUCGUGGCACGAUACAUCUGAGCUUUGAUGGCGUUCGUCUGGGCGAAUCCACGACGAUGAGAGAGGACACGACAAGUAUCAACAGCGAUAACGAUAUCAGGGAGGCCAAGAGCAACAACAACAACAAUAAGAACAACACACAGCAACGAGUCAACGAACACAAAUAUCUGUUUUACGCAAAUUCUCAUACUCAGAAACAUGGAAAACGCACAUUUGCAUUCGAACUGCUCGGGGCAAAGUUCGUGUAA